AGUCGCCCCCACAACACUGCUCGCUUAAGAUAAAAGAGACGAGGUUAAGGGCCUCCGAGUUUCCCUGGCCUCCAGCCUGAUGGUCCAGGAGUUGCUGAGAAAUACACCUGAUGCACCUUGCUUGCCCUUGAGACAAGGUGGUGUUGGGACCCACCUCUGUUCACCCUUGCAGAGGACAGAUACUAAGCAAAAGAGAGUUCUGGAGCCCACCCCACACCUAAGGUACACACUCCAGGAAGCUGGUGUACCUAGUUUAUUUAGGGAAGACGCCUUGACAGCCUGCGCGUCAUCUUAGAAUUAGUUAAGUGGAGUUGUCUCUUCCUCCAGCAGCAUCUUCCUCCUGAGCCCUAGGACACUUCUGCUCCUGAUACAAAAACCCUAGAUCCCUAGAUCAGGAGGCAAGCGCUUUCUCAACUCCCCCCUUCCCCGGCCUUGGGGGUGGGGCAGGAGCGUACUGCCCUGCGCCUCCAAGCGGGGGUGGGGGGGAGGUGGUAAUUAACCAACCGACUUUGACCCUUGAUCUGCAGGCUCUCUGGCACCACCCAGGCUUUUAAGAAAGUGGGGGAAUGAGGGUGGUGAGUGAGGACCCUGUGUGGGUUCUUGCCUCAAUUCCCCUCUUGAAUAAGCUGUUGGAGUCUUGGAUGUGAGUGUUUUGUGUGAGACCUGCCAGGAUCCAGUAGUGGUAGGAUGUCUUACAACUUAACUUUAUCUCAAGAGGCUGUAAGGCUGUUCUGAAGGCUUCUUAAACAAGUCAAUGGCCAGAAGGUCCUAGAAUCCCCAAUGUGAGAAAACAGGAGGCAAAAAGGGAAGGGUGCCUCCUCACCUGAGGUAUGGGCUUGGGAUUUUGUGAUUUCUGCUUGGCUAAGUUUUCUGGCCAAUUGUCCAGUGCUCCACCUCCGGAAGGCCAGUGAGGGACACAGCCCCUUCCUUGCUCCAGCCUCCUCCCCAACCUGUGUUUGACUUGCUGCUUAGCUGCUCCUUGGGAUCUGAUAAACUGAACUUGGACUAUGCUAAAGUCAGCCUGGGCUUCUGUCCACCCCCACCCUACCGGGAACCAGAGCCAUCUGUGGCCGAACCCCCUUCUUGCCCUCUGGCUUUGGACAUGAGCCUUCGGAACUCCAGCUAUAGUGUGGCCCCAGGACCCUGCGUGGUGGCCCAGCUACCCCCUGAAGAUGUGAACCAUCUGACAGAGUCCCAGAGCAGAGACCAGGGUUUCCUACGAACCAAGAUGAAGGUGACCUUGGGGGACAGUCCAAAUGGGGACCUUUUUACCUGUCACAUCUGCCAGAAGGCCUUCACCUACCAGCGCAUGCUGAACCGACACAUGAAAUGUCACAAUGACGUCAAGAGGCACCUCUGCACAUACUGUGGAAAGGGCUUCAAUGACACCUUUGACCUCAAGAGACAUGUCAGAACCCACACUGGUGUGCGGCCCUACAAGUGCAGCCUGUGUGACAAGGCCUUCACCCAGCGCUGCUCUCUGGAGUCCCACCUCAAGAAGAUCCACGGCGUGCAGCAGAAGUACGCGUACAAGGAGCGCCGGGCCAAGCUGUAUGUGUGUGAGGAGUGCGGCUGCACCUCUGAGAGUCAGGAGGGUCACGUCCUGCACCUCAAGGAGAACCACCCCGACAGCCCACUGCUACGCAAGACCUCCAAGAAAGUAGCUGUGGCCCUGCAGAACACUGUCACUUCCCUGCUGCAGGGCAGCCCCCACCUCUGAGCAGCACAGGCCUGCAGGAAGGACGGGAUUCACUCCCUGCUGCCUAGUGGGUUCACCUUCCUGCAAUCUCUUGCCAGAACACCAGGGAUCAAGACCAGAGCCCUGGUGCCUCAUGCCAGGCACACCUGCGCACUCAGGCACUGUCUUGUGCUCACUUUGGGAAGUCUGUCUUACAGGCGGGGUCCUUCUGAGCCCGGGACGACGGGUGCCUGUGUCUGAGUGGGCACGAGGCCAAGUGAUUAGAGAGAGCUGCUUACAGAGCCAGACCUUGCUUCCUUGUGGCAGGACGCUGGAGAUGUGUCGAGAGGUGAACUGGAGUACAAGUCGGGCAAUGGAUCCCCAUGGACUGCAGAGUUGACCCCAGCAAAGAGCAUCCCUGCGAACUACUGCCUGGUGGGGCUGGCUGCGGUGGGGCUGGCAGUGGCUCACAUGCCUGCAGGGCUAAUUCUCAGGGUUCCAAGGGCUCUGCCUUUUCAUCAGAGCCCCGCAUGUGUACAGCCAUGUGCGUGCUUGCGUGUGUGUCACACGGCUUUAUGUGUGAUUUAGUCACAUCUGAAUGUGCACUCAUGGCCUUUCCAUAUCACCUCACUCUUAACAAGCCAACUACAUGGUGCCAAGGAGGUUUUAUUGCCUUUUUUAAAGAUGACAAAUGUACAGAUAUUAAUAUAUUUUUGGUGUCCACAGUAAGAUUGUUUUUAAAGGGGAUGGAGCUGGCUUUUUCUCCAACCCCACUGGUUCUAUUUAUCCUGGACAUUUCAAACCUCCUCUGUGCCUAGGAUCUGGGGGUGGUGAUGCAGACCCUCCCUGUUCUCUGAGAUGUUCCAUUAAAGACCUUCCUCCUGCCCUG